UGCCCGUGACGGUGACUCGCUUUGCUGGCUCUUGGCGAAAUAAUCUAUGCUAAAUGUGCUGAAGAGCUGUGUUCAGAUUACGGACUGCCCAUAGCUACCCCCGUACUAUCAGUUUUAUCAGUUGUCGUGCAGCAAUCGCAUUGGAAAUCACUUAUUAGCCAACAAAAUUUCGGGCGCCGACGCAUUCAAGAAAGAGCCACGAAUUGGAUCGGGCCGGAGCGCUGCUUAGCUCAAUAUGGAAAUAAUAGUCAAUUUUCUUCAAAAAGUUGCCCCAACGCUACUUACACAUGGCAUUCUCGGCAUUAUCGCGUUCUGUGUGAGGCUGUAUAUGCAGGGGGGAAAGUUCAAGAAACAAACCGAUGAGACGGGAAAAGUGGCCAUCGUUACAGGAGGAAAUACGGGUCUUGGAAAGGAAACUGUGAUGGAGUUGGCCAGGAGAGGAGCUACCGUUUACAUGGCGUGUCGGGAUAAGGAUAAAGGUGAAAAGGCCCGACGGGAGAUCGUCAAAAAAACGGGGAACUCGAACGUUUUCUCUCGGGAAUGCGACUUGUCCUCUCAGGAUUCCAUUCGAGAAUUCGUCAAAGGCUUUAAGAAAGAGCAAAGGGAACUGCACAUCCUGAUCAAUAACGCCGGUGUCUUUUGGGUGCCGCACAGCCUCACGAAGGAAGGUUUCGAAAUGCACCUAGGAGUAAACCACAUUGGUCACUUUCUGCUCACCCACUUGCUGCUGGAUGUGCUAAAGAGAUCAGCCCCUAGUCGGGUGAUCGUAGUGUCCAGCAAGGCGCACGAACGCGGACAGAUCCAAUCGGAGGAUAUAAAUAGUAAUAAAUCUUACGACGAGGGAGUGGCUUACUGCCAAAGCAAACUGGCUAAUAUACUGUUUGCCCGAGAAUUGGCUCAACGACUAGAUGGAACAGGAGUCACGGUUAAUGCCAUCAAUCCAGGAAUUGCAGACACGGAGAUUGCUAGAAAUGUGAUAUUUUUCCAAACCAAGUUUGCUCAGUAUGUGGUAGAAACCAUCCUGAGGCCGCUGCUCUGGUCCCUGAUGAAAACACCAAGGAACGGGGCACAGACUACUCUGUUUGCCGCAUUAGAUCCCGAUCUCGAAACAGUAACCGGUCAAUACUUCAGCGAUUGCAAGCCGGCCCCAUUGGCCCCAGCUGCCCUGGACGAUCAGAUGGGCCAGUGGUUGUGGGCCAAAACCGAGAAAUGGACUGGCAUUCCACUCUGAUUCGGGCCGGGAGGGUAGUAUUACACAGCUAGUCGCUAUUAAAGCCAAAUUGUCACUCUUAGUUAUAAAAAAAAGCAAAUACUGGAAUAGUUGUUGUACUUAUAGUUUAGUAAAGUGGGACCAUAAAAUAUCAUUGGUAGCGAUAAAGACUAGU